AUGGACCGGUCAUUCACUCCCAACCUGGUUCGACCUAACCUGCCCCUGAGAAAACCGUCCACCAGCCCCGUGGCUCCUUUCACCGCAUCGCCUCUCAGACAGCUCAACAUGUCGGGUGGAGCACCUGUUAGCCCCGUGUCGGGCGCCAUUGGAGACGGUCUCGCGAAUUCACCUUUGAGCAAGAAUGCAUCUGCAUUGAUAGGAUCUGUGUCACCAUCGCUCAACAUCUACUACUGCAACUUCUGUGGUCGGCAAGGGCGUUUUCGGUGCACGCGCUGCAAGAAGGCGAAUUACUGCUCUGUGGUGUGUCAGACCGAGGACUGGAAGGCACACAGACACAUGUGCAAGUCUGUCGAUCCAGAGUCUCCAAAAGAGCAACCAAAGGAAACUACAGCUUCACCAGUUACCAGAGAUGGAACCAGCCGGGUGGAGUUGAAGGACUGUGAGUCAUCGGUCCUCCAGAGGGUCUAUUUGAAGGACUUGAAUACAACUAAAAUGAAUUUGGGAGAAGAAAUCCAGGCACAUGUUGUAGAGUUCUCCAGCCCUAGCAGAUUUUUCAUCAUUGCUCAAAGCCCUGAACUGCUGGAAACUUUACAAAGCAUCACAAAAGAGCUUCAGAAAACGUACAGCCUCCCCUCAGUGACAACGCAUGUACCCUGUGUUGGAGAGGUUUGCGCGGUUCAGUUUUCCUGCGAUCUGAAGUGGUACCGUGGCCUUGUGCAGACUUUGACUGAGGACCAGAAAAUGGCAAAUAUCCUUUACAUUGACUUUGGAAAUGAAGAGAAUGUCCCAGUGGACAGGAUCAGACCUCUGGCUGCUGAUAUUCAACCAUUUCGACCUUGUGCAAUGGAGUGCCGUAUCGCUGGGAUAGUGCCAGUGGUUGACAAAUGGUCCGGCGAGUGCUGUCUCGCAGCGAGUCAGCUGAUUACCGGCAAAACUGUGACUGUUAGGCUGGUGGAAACACAAGUGGAUAGUCGCGUCCAUGUGGUGGAUAUCCUUCUGUCCAUGGGAAAGCAGCUGAGCGCAUUCCUCCUCGAGCAUGGCUACGCACAAGAAGAAACUGUCAACUCAACACUGACUGACCAAGACAUAAUUUUAUUAUCUGUCUGGUUUUUGUCAAAUGCCCUAGUGAGUGCAUCCUUUGAAAACUUUCGACGCCGAUCUCUUGGAAAAGAUGACAAUACCUGGGCUCAACCACCGGAGCCGCUGACACAGGCAGUGGGUGACAAAUUGUCUGUUUUCAUCACCCACCUCAAGUCACCCGAUGAGUUUAUUGUGCAGAAGAUGGAGAACGCUGGAGUGAUUCAGGAUCUGCAGUUAAAGCUGAGGGAACACUGCUGUCAGACUGAAGCCCAGCAGAACUUCAGACCAGCUCCUGGCACAGUUUGUUGUGCCCAAUUCUCAGAGGACAAACAGUGGUACAGGGCCAAAGUUAUGGGUUAUUCAUCAGAGGAGCGCGUUUGUGUCGGCUACCUUGAUUUUGGCAACUCUGAGGAGGUAGAUUUGAGCCAUCUGCGACGUAUCGACACUUCACUCCUGGCCCUUCCAAUGCAGGUUAUGCCAUGUCGUCUAGCAGGGGUGCAGCCUGUUGGGGAGAGAUGGUCGGAGGACUGCCUUGUAGCCCUGCAGCGAAGAGUAUCAAACAGAAUACUGCGCAUUGAGAUCCAGGGAGAACAUGAGGGCAAGGCCUUGGUAGCCAUGAUUGAUGAGGCCAGUGAUCCUCAGGCCAACAUAGCUGAGCUGCUGAUCUGUGCAGGUUACGCUGCACCUGCUCCUGUUACUCCCCGCAGUGACCAGCAGGCCGACGAGACACCUGCUUCUGCAGAACCACACGUGCCUGAGCCGCUGGUUUGGUCUCGGUCUGAGCUUCCCUGUGAUGGCCAGACGAUGGCGCUACUAGCCAGUGUUGUGGAAGACCCUGGAGAGUUUUACUGCCGAAUCGACAACCCCACAGACCAUCAGCAGCUGGUAAAGCUGGAGGCUGAGUUAAAGCAGCACUGUGAGGCUGAUACCUCGCCUUUCGUGCCCAAAGUGGGAGAGCCCUGUUGUGCCAUAUUUCCUGGUGAUGGAGCUUGGUAUCGGGCUAUGGUAAAGGAAGUGUAUGAAGACAAGGUAGCAGUGAACUUUGUGGACUAUGGCUACAGCAUGAAAGUUGAAAAGGGCAACCUUCGCUGCAUCACACCCCGACUCCUGACACUACCCUUCCAGGCAGUUCGCUGCUGGCUUGCAGGUGUGGAGCCCCUGGGAUCAGAGUGGAGCAGCGAAGCCCUGCUGUGGUUCCAGACUCAGGUGGAGGCCGAGCACCUCUCUACACGUGUCCUUUCCGUCACCGAGCGGGGCUACGGUGUGGAGCUGGAGAGCAGAGGGCAGAAUGUGGCGGCUGUCCUAAUUUCUGAGCAUCUUGCCAAAGUUCCUGGAGAGGCUGCCAAACAGACACAAACAGAGACACUCUCUGGAAGCAAACAACAAGAGAGUGUGAAGGAAAAUGAGCACCAGCAAUUACUUGUUCAAGCCUCCAAUCAGACGGAAGCCAGUUCCAGAGAGAUAACAAUGGAGGGGCAGACUGCAAUCCCAACAGAAGUCCCGUCUUUCCCAGUGGACUGGAAGACAGUGGAGCUGCCUCUCAAUGAGCCGUUUCAGCCUUACAUUGCCGCCAUCAUUAGUCCUUCUCUCUUUUACUUGCUCAGGCCGACACAGGCGGACCAGCAAAAACUUCAAGAGGUGAUGAUGGAAGUGGCGACCUACUGCAGAAACAACCAGACCGAUUUGUACUCGGUUGUAAAGAGCAGACCAGCUCCAGGGGCUGCUUGUUGUACCCAGUUCUCUGCAGACAAUAACUGGUACCGUGCAGUGGUCCUGGAAGUUGGUGAGGAUGAGAUGAGUGUCCUCUACGCAGACUACGGCAACAGUGAGAGAGUGCCGUUCUCCCGAAUCCUGCCGAUCCCCACGCACCUGCUGCAGCUCCCCUUUCAGAUCGCUCGCUGCACCCUCAUUGGUAAGGAGCACUUUCCGGCCGAGUGGCCAGAGCAAGUGCUGCAGAUGUUUCGAAAGACGCUGUUGUGCGGCAGCAGCCUCGCCACUGUUCACUCCUUCGAUGGCUAUGCCAACAUGCUCUCCCUCACAACUACUGGCAUAGACGGGGGACCCCUCACCACCAUGAUGUCAGAUGCAUUACACGCCCACGCCAACAGUAACCCGUGUCCAGCCACCUCCCAGAAGGCCGACAAAACUGCCAGCAGCACAUCUGUCAGCAACACAGUCGCACCUGACCGCCCCGAGCUCAAGGCAGCACCUGAAACACAGGAUGAGCAGGAGAAUCCUCAGACCUCUGGCUGCUGCUGUCUGAGCCUGAAGAUGAAGAUCGAUCAUCUUGAACAGAUGAUGGAAAUGCAGCUUUCUCUGAUCAAGCAGCUUUUUGGACAGAUGAAUUAGGACUCAGCCUACGGUGCACGGCUCGAUCUCGUUGUUUGACGUCUUGUUUAAAUCAAAGUUGUUUC